AUGACGAACAUACUCAUCACUGGCGGCUCAGGCUAUCUUGGUGGAUCGCUACUUGCAUCCUGGCGGGAUGCAAACAUCACGGGCUACGACAAGCUGUACGCACUGGUUCGAUCCGACUCGCAAGCUGCCGCAGUAAAGUCGGUCUAUGGCGCGGAGCCUGUCAGAUGUAGCCUUGAGGAAGCCGACAUCAGGAGUCUGAUCGUGAAUAACGGCAUCACUGUGGUAUUUUAUCUGAUUGAUGCUUACCGUGCUGAGCGCCCCGUUAGCUUCAUCAAGGCUCUUGGCGAGGUUAAGAAAGCAACUGGACGAGAAGUUCACUUUGUCUACGCAAACUACUGGAACGAAGCAAUUCUCUGA